AUGCAGCAGCAUCCGCAGCAACUUCAGCACGGCCAAUUGCGCCAGCAAGGUCAAUUGCCUCAGCAGCAAUUUGGAGGACCUCAACCUCAGAAUCUAUUCAUGCAGCCUGGCAAAUACCAGAUGCAGAUGCCUUCACCAGUCCAGCAGGCCCCGCAUCGCGGACAGCGUCGGGUCUUUGCGCAAACCUUUCAGGAGAGCGAUCUCCCUCAGCAGUACUUUGAACCGUCACAGUCUCCUCAACAGCAUGCCCAAGUCUUUCAGCACCCCCAGCAGCAUGGCCACAACUUGCAACAACCCCAGAAGGAGAAUGCCAUGGAAACCUCAAACAGCCCGCUGGGCGAUCUGAACCUUGAGGACUUUGACCUUGAUCAGGCUUUGAUGAUGUCUGUCAAUGACGAUUUCAACUUCGACGACUUUGGCGAUCUCCAGGUUCAGCAGCAGCAGCAGCAGCAGCAGAACGUCAUUUCUCAGAAUGCCGUCAACUGGCCAUCCGAGAACCUCUUCCAUGAUCAGACGUCGCAAGUUGCCCAUCAGAGCCGCGCCAAUUCCUCAGUGUCUUUGAUGACUCCGCGUGCCGACAACUCGUAUGAUCUCUUCAACAACAACACUCCUGUCCAGAACUCGCACAACUCUUUCACCAUCACUCCCGCUGCGACUCCGCAGAACUCUUUCAACAACUCUCCUGGCCAGAUUUCAAACAAAUCUUCCAACACCACUCCCGUCGCGGACUCGCUCAACAAUUUCAACACCUCUCCCGCUGGCAACGCUGGUGAUUCACCGAGCUUUUUCAACACCUCUCCUGUCCAAGACUUAUCAGCUGGCUGGGGAGUCGAAAACAACAACUUUGGUGAUUUGUCGGCAUCUUUCUCUUCUGCGAGCGAGAAUCAUCAGAACUUCGUUGAUCUGACGGGCGAGAACGUUGAUUUCACGGGACACAACGUUGCCUUUGGUCAAGUAUCGCAAGGUGCCACCUAUGGCCAGAUCGAUCCCUUCGCAUCAUUUGCCUCACCGCUUGAGAAUUCCCAGCAGCAGGUUCUCAGCGUCGCACCAGAGAACCUGCAUAAUGUUCACGAACAUCAACCUUUCCCAAACCCAGGGCAUGCCCAGUCUCAAGGCUCUCCUCAUAUUCCCACAACACCAUUUCCCGCUCAGCAACCUCAACCUUCCCCGCCCAAGAAUUCGGCUAAGAAACGGGCCCCUUUGCCAAAGAAACCUGCCGCAAAACGUCCUACGAAGAAAGCCAGGAAAACUAAGACUCCCACCAACGACGAGCAGAUUGCCGAUUCUGAGGCUAUCGACAACGGUUACCAAAACGAAGCUGCCAUCAGCGAGUAUCUCUGGGGAGCUGAGCUCCUCCCCCAGGACUAUGAGUAUGACCUCGAUGCCCCCCUUCGCAACUUCAGCGAUUCGAUCCCCCAGCGUGUUCCCGCGAGCGAAAAUGCGCCUGCUCCUGCCAGCAAUGUCACUGAAAACGACCCUCUCUUUGACCCUACUCUUGCCAGCAAUGCGAUCUUGCAGGAUAUUCCCGUAGAAGGAAGUGCGCCUCCUCCUGCCCACAACAGUCUUUUCGACAAUGACCCUUUUAUUACGCCUGCCCCUCCCAGCAACGGCAUCGAGAACGACCCUCUUGUCGUUUUCCUCAACCAGGAAAAUGCUAAACUCAACGCCAUGAAGCAAGCCAACCAGGCCCAACUGAACAACGUGACAACCCCUGAGCCCAGCAGCCCUCCCAAAAAGCGUAAGCGCGGCAACUCGACUCGCACGCCAAAUGUCAGCGACACCCCAGCCAAGAAGAGGAAAGUGUCGAAGAAGGCCAAGGUUAAGGGCAGAUUGUCCAAGUCGGCCUCCUCGGCCAAGUUCGGUCUCGGAAAAGGUGCGGGUACCGGUCUCAACUCCCCUCGCACCAUGUACGUCUUUGAAGACCGCGCCUUCUACUUAAUUCCCGCCAAUAUCAUGCCUGCUUUCCUCGAGUUUGUCUCGACGCCCAGGGAGAUUCCGGUUCAGCAGCAGUUUCCCACUGCGCAACAACAGCCUCUCGCUCAGCAACAGAACUUUGCUCAGCAGCAACCUGCUCCUGUUCAGCAGCAGCCUGCCGUAGAGCAACAAGAGUUCUCGCAGCAGCAGCCUUUUGAUCAACAGCAGCCUGCCCCUGUUCAGCAACAAGAUCUCUUCCAACAGCAGGCCGCCAUUGAGCAGCCGGCUCCCACCCAAGAGGAGUUUGAGCCUGCCUAUGACAUCGAGGGACGACUCCUCACCCUGCUUGAUGACGACGAAGUCAACGAGCAAAACAACGAUGAGGAUGACCCUUAUGCCCCGGCUCCCCGCCGCCCUGUUCCGCUCAGUGAAGCCGCCAUCGCCUUUGGCUUCACUAGUCUUCCGACCGAGCGCAGCCCAUCGUCCUCUCACAACCCAUUGCCUGUCCAAAACCCACCGCAGGCCUUCUCGUCCCCUGCCCCUGCUCUAGCUCCCUCGUCAACCUCAUCGCCUGCGGCCGGCAACAGCAAUGGCACCAAUACCGGCAACACCAGCAGUUACGCCAUCCUCAGUGCCAGCAGCGACAUUGUCAUCAAUCCCAUCCCCGAAUCCAGCCCUCGUUUCAUUCCUGACAAUCGUGAGAUCAUCGCCAGAUUCAAUCUGUCACCGACAGGCAGCGGCACCGAGCGCGACGUGAGCCAUCUGGAGUACUUUAUCAACCUGGUCCAUAGCAGCGGCCUGUUCGCCUGCGGUCAUCACGACGAGAUCCCUGGCGGUUUUCGUUGGGAGAGUUGGAAGACAGCUGAGGAGAAUCUGCUCGCGCUGCGUCCGUUCUUUGGGACUCUCACCACCAAGGCUUGGUUCGAGCAGUGGAAGAAGGGUGAGAACCCGGUUCAGUUGGCCGAGAUGGAGGAGGACGAGUAG